UCUAACUCCAGGUCCCAUUAUUGCGACCACUGUUCUCUCUUCCCUUUCACUGUGCUUCCUUUUUCUCUUCGCUUUCUCCAAAAGAAGCACCAAAAGGAGCUCUUUCAUGGCGUCCAUGCUUCUCCUCCUCAUCCUCCAUUCAUAGACGAAUCUCAAGAACAAGCUUACAGAUCAACUAUUCAGUCAUGGCGUCCACUGUUGACGAGUACGAUGACCAAGCUCAUGCCAUGUAUCACGUCCCACAGCACAGUCGCAGAGAGAAGCUCCGAUUCUCCGAUUCCAACCCUCUUGUUCUCCCCAUCCCUUCUUCUUCUUCUUCCUCAUCACCAAACCCUAACCCUAACCUGAACUCUAGCUGUCUUGGUGGUUUUGCUUCUAGGGCUUUCUCCUUGUCGCUCUCCUCGGCGGCGUUGCUUGAGCAUGCGCCGUCUAGGCCGUUUACUGGGUAUGCAGCGGUUUUGAGUGGAUCUAGGUUUUUGGAGCCGGCGUUGCAGGUGCUUGAAGCGGCUUGUGGGGUUGGUCGUGAUGGAGCUUUUUUUGAUGGUGAUCGGUUUGGGAUGGAGGAUGCUUGUCGCGCUGAGAGGGUUGUGAAUGGAUUGGUGUUGGGCAAGGAGCAACAGUGGAAGAAGGCGAGACUAGUUUCUAUGCUUGAUGAGGUCUGCAGCAGGUACACACAUUAUUAUCAGCAAUUGCAAGCAGUUAUCCAAGCUUUUGAAUCUGUUGCUGGCCUUAGUACUGCUGCACCAUAUGCCUUGAUGGCUCUCCAGACUAUGUCAAAGCAAUUUAGGUGUCUGACAAAUUUGAUAUCGGAUCAAUUACACAAAUUACACCUAACUGACAAGACACCUGGAAAUGAAGGGAUAAAAAGAAAAGAUGUUCCAACCUUUGGGGUGAUAAAUACUGGUGUAGGUGGACUGAGAACUGCAAGCAACUCAGAAACAUACAGGCAGCCACCAAUCUGGAGACCUCAGAGAGGACUGCCUGAAAGAGCAGUAGCUGUGCUUCGGAAAUGGCUGUUCGAGCAUUUCUUACAUCCGUACCCUACAGACACUGACAAGCAGAUGUUGGCGAAACAAACAGGUCUCUCGAGAAACCAGGUGUCAAACUGGUUUAUCAAUGCAAGAGUCAGGCUCUGGAAGCCAAUGGUGGAGGAGGUACAUUCCCUCGAGCUCAGCCAAUCUCAUCAAUUUCCGGCAGGAGACAAGAAUAAAAACGCCAACGGACAACCUCAUGCACCACCACCAAGCUUUAUCGCAACUCAGUCUGACAAUCAAACCAGUGUAAAUACCUGCCACUGGAAGAAUCAAUAUCCUACACCAAAACCUUUCCGAAGUGAUCUCUCUCAGAUAACACACCAGAUUGCAGAACCCCUUAAUUUUGCAAGCAAUGAAAUCUCCAGUCACCAUGAUAUAGGCACAGGCACGGGAUUAAGCGUGGCUGGCAGGGGAAAUGGUGGUGUUACUCUUACUCUUGGCCUUCACCAAAGUAAUGGAGUUCGCAUACAUGAACCUCUCCAUCUGAAUACUGUUCAUAGUUUUGGUUUUGACUAUGGCGAUGCAUAUGUUAUGGACACAAUUGGAGGACAUGAUCAGCAUUUCGGACGAAGUAUCGGCAGACAUUGUAUUCAUGAUUUUGUAGGCUAAACCUUAUAAUUCUUUUUAUACUUGUUUUCUUGAAAUGCAGCAGAUGGAGUGUCACCAUGCCAUAUGAUGCAACAACCUCCAUAGGAAACCAUUUCAGAGUGAAAUCCUUGGCAAAUUAGAUUGCAUGUAUGAAAGUUACCGCCAACAUCAACUUGUUCACCCUUGCGUCAUCAUGUCUGGAUAAAAUUUCAUAAAGCAUCAUCAAGUUGAGAUGAAUUUUUAGAGGUGGUCCUUAAAACAGAUGAUUUGGAACAAGAAGCAGCUGUAUUCUUAUGUCCUGAAAAGCUCAAUUUGUAAUGUUUGUAAUGGAGACAGAGGUGUAAAGGUUUAUUGUACUUUUUUAA